AUGAUAGAUAUGAAAAAUAUUGUUGUAAGACGAGCAAUAAAUUAUUAUAAAAAUGUAAAAAAGGAUAUUUCUCCUUUUUGUAUGAAUAUGAUGUUUUAUAAUUUUGAUGAGGAUUUCAUUUUCACUUUAAUUAGAACAUAUAUGAAUAUAUUAAAGAAAUAUGAGAGUAAUAAUAAAAUUAUAUAUUUCUCAGAAGAAUAUUAUAUGUUAUUCAAUUAUAUUAUUUUUUCUUAUAUUCCUUUGUAUGCAUACGAAUUGGAUAUAAACAAUUUAUAUCUCUUCGAUAUAUUGCUACAUAAGUUUAAUGAAAAGAGAAAAAGAAAAAAUAAUAGGAACAAAAAUGUUAUAGGUAAUAAUAUAUAUAAAAAAUAUAGAAUAUUAAAUCGAAUUAAUAAAAAUGGUCAUGUAGAAACAGGUCAACAAUAUUGUGUACAUCAUAAAAAUACAGAAUAUAUGAAUAUAAAGAAAUUCAAAAAUAAUAUGAACAUGUGUAUUAAUGAUAAUAAAUGUGAAAGUAUUUAUUCUUUGAAUAAACAGACAAGUGAUGACAUACUUAAAAAAAAUGAAGAACAAAAUGAUAAAUUAAUAUUACAAAGUUUUAAGGGUUCCUUAAAAAAAUAUGUAUAUAUAAAGAACAAUAUAAAUAGAACGAUUUGUAAGACUAACUUAUUUUGUAAAUACAAUAAGAAUGAUCAUUUAAGAUUUAAUAAUAAGAAGAAGUGGAGUUAUAUCUACUUAUAUGAAGAUAAUAUAAAGAAAAGAAAAGAUAUUAUAAAAAAUAUGAUAAAAGAGGUGGAUAAUUUAUAUGCACAUGUAUAUUACUGGAAAUAUCUAACAGAAUUAAACAUAAAAUGUAAUAAUAUUAAUAAUAAUAAUAAUAAUAAAAAAAACAAUUUGGAAGUGUGUUAUGAAAUAGAUAAAGGCCAAGAUAUUUAUCUUAAUAUAUAUAAAAAUAUAUACAACUUAUAUAAAUAUAUGAAUAAAAAGCAUAAACAGAAUUUAGAAAAAAUGAAUAUGAAAAAAGAACAGUUAUCUAUUACUCAUAAUAACGAAAUGGAAAAUAUUAUAAAUGAAAAAAAAAUACAUAAGAAAAAUGAGGAAUAUCAAAAAAAUGUAAAUGAUAUGGUUUUUAAACACAUAGCUGAAAAAAAUGCUUUAUCUAGACAUAUAGAACAUGAAAUGAAUAUAAUACAACAAAUAAAUAUGAAAGAGUAUAAACAAAAUAUUUUUUAUAUUUUUAGUAUUAUAUCAAAGAAUAAACAAAAUUUGUCUUUGCCUCCACUACCAGUGGAAGAGGAUAGGGAUAUACAAAAAGAAGUAAGAAUGUAUGAUAAAGAGGAAAAAAAUAAAAAUAAAAAUAAAAAAAAUAAUAAUAAUAUUAUCAAUAAUAUUGAUUAUAAUAAUAAGAGUAAUUCGAAUAAUACUGAUAGUAAUAAUAAUAUUAUGUGUGAAAAAAUGAAUGAUCUAUAUAAACAUAAAUUUAAGGAUAAAAACGAAAAUUAUAUAUAUUAUGAAAAUAAUAAUAUUAGGAUGGAAGAUAAUAAAAUAAAGACCUACUAUCAUAUCGAAGAAUGUUAUAAUUAUUAUAGAUAUAUAAUAAAAUGUUUUCAUUUUAUAUAUUUAUAUGAAUUAAUAAAAAGUAAAAUAAUGAUAUAUAAUUAUUUACACUUUCAUAUAAAAAAAUCUUUAUAUGACACAAUGAACGUUUCUAUAAUAUUUAGCUUAGGAGAAAUAUAUAAUAUAUUUGAAUAUGACAAGAAGAAAAAUAAGGAAUACCAAGACAAUUUUUUUAGAACUCUAAAAAAAAUACAGAUUUAUAAUUAUAAUAUGAAUAACGAGAAAGUGACCGAAAAUUAUUUUAACUCUUUUCGAAUAUAUGAAGAAAAAAAAAAAAAAAAAUUAAAAAAUGUAUUGGAAAUACAAAAAGAUGAAGAUAUAUUAAAGAAGGAUGUGAAUAAUAAUGAAUGGGCAAAUCCUACUCGUUUGAAAAAAAGCUUUUUUCAUCUCUUAAAAGGGGGAACACAAAUAAAUAAAGACAAUGAAAAUGUGAAUAAAUAUAUAUCAAUGAAUAAUAAUUCGUCGUUAGUAAAUAAUAUUUUAGGUGUAUAUAAUGGUGAUGAUGUGAAAGAAGAAAAAGGUGAUGACUAUUUAAAAUGUGAGGAAUCAUUUUAUUUUGAUGAAAAUGGACGUUUUAAAUAUAAAAAAAAAAGAAAAGGAUUAAAAGAACUUUUUAAUCAUAAUUAUAGUAGUACGUAUAAUUAUAUAAAUAAUAAUAGCACAAUAUAUUAUAUGAAUAAUAAAAUGGAUGAAAAUAUAUAUAAUAGUAACAGUAAUAAUAAUAGUGUUGUAAAAAUAAAUAAAUUAACCAUAAAAGAUAAAAAAUUAAAUGCUCUUAUUCUUUUUAUCAAUGAAGAUAUAUCUAAUUAUACAAAAGAAAAUGUAUAUAAAAAUAUUUUUAAUAUUAGCUUAACAAAAAUGGAUUUUAUAUUUCCAACAAUAAAAGAACAAUUACAUGUUGUAAAUGAAAUGUAUAAAAUGGAGAAUGAAAAUUUAUUUUCAGGUGAUUUAUAUAAGAAAAAGAUAAAAAAAAAUAUAAAUUUUGACAUGAUUGAAAAAAAUGAAACGUUGUCUUAUGGGAGUAUUAUAAUAACAAGACAUAAAAAUUUAAAGAUAGCUAUGCAGGGUAAAAAUAACUACAAGGAAAAAAAACAAACUGAUAAUAAUAAUAAUAAUAAUAAUAAGAAUAAUAAUAAUAAUAAUAAUAAUAGGGAUAUAAAAAAUAAAGAUGAAAAGAAUAUUUAUUUAAAUAAUGAUAAUUUAGAUAAUCUUAAUUUUAUUCCUUUUGAUAAUUUUUUUAGUUUCGUAAAUAUGCCUGAACAAGUCAUGCGAGCUAGCCAUUUUUUGAUAAAUGAGAAAAUGAGUGCCAAAAAAAAAAAAAAAAAUAUUUAUAUAGAUAUAAUAUUUCAUGUAAUAAUACCUAAGAGAAUAAAUAGAAAAAGUUUUAAGAUAAUACUUUUUUCGUUAUUUAAAAUAUUAGAUUUAUGUAAAUUGUAUAAUAUAUAUUGUAUAAAUAGUUCAUUUCCAUAUAUUCAUGAUAUAGUAUAUAAAAAUAAAAGACCAAUUAUAUAUUCAUAUAUAUAUUCUUUUAUAAUGACUAUAAUGAAAUAUAUAAAGAAUGGUCAACUUCAACAUGAAAAUAAUACAGUAAGAAUAUUUCAUUUUAUUUUUCCUCCUUUGAAAUUUUAUGAAAGGUUAACAGUAGAACAAAUGGAGAAUAAAAAGGAUGAAAAAAAUAUUCACAUGAAUAUUUUUGAAGAUAAAAAAAAUCAAUUUAAAGAAAAUAUUAAUAAAGAUUAUGAUAAUAAGGAGAAUAACAUAAAUUAUGAUUAUACUAAUAAUGUAGAUAGGAAGAAAAUAUCUAACAUAACUUAUUUUAUGGACAAGCUGAUAAAUGAUUUGAAGGAAAAAUAUAUGUUAAUUGAGAGUAUAUAA